CCGAGCACGAUGCGGCUGUCUGCGCUCCGCCGCCUGCCCUGGAGACCGGUGGCGCCGGCAACCGGCCGGACUGCAAAGAAGAAGACCUGCGGCGAUGGCGCUCGGGCGCUGCUACUGCGCCCGGCUACUACCGCCGGCGCGUUCCUGCCUCACCGAGGACUAUGCGGCACGUGGAGCCGCUUGGACAAGCAACAAGCGGAUAGCAGCGGGACUCCCGGCUCCGCAGCCAGAGAAAUCAUUGAGAGCUCAAGGAAAGCUCUGAAUUUACUGCAGAUAGAACAUCCUACAUUUAAGCCAACACUUUCUGUUGUACAGGUUGGUGAUGAUGAUUUGGGGCAAGAAGUUAUCAGGAACAUUGCCGAAGAGGUUGGCUUGAAUAUUGUUCAUAUUUGUCUCCCUUGUGACUACACCGAAAGUGAGGUUGUAGAUGAAAUAAUAAAGCUCAACGAGAAUCCUAAAAUUCAUGGCCUUCUCCUUCGCCUCCAUAAAGAGUCAUAUACCAGCAAAAUAUUGAACGCUGUGAAACCAGAAAAAGAUGUGAAUGGAGUAACAGAUUUUAACCUGGCAAGAUUAGUGCAUGGGGACAUGCAUGAAUGUGUGGUUCCGCCAACUGCCAGUGCUGUGAUCAAGCUUCUGGAAAAACAAGCACGUACUACCCUAGAUGGGAAGAAGGUGUUACUUUUGGGAGUUCAAGGACCUUUGGAAAUCUCUUUGCAGUGCCUACUUCAAAGAAAUGGGGCCAUGACUAUGAGCUGCCCAUGGAAAAUGAAGCAACUUCAGACCAUGCUUCACGAUACUGAUAUGGUGGUGGUGGGCAGCACCAAACCUGAAGAAAUUCCAGUUACUUGGAUGGAACCUGAAUUGACCACUGUGGAUUGUUCACAUGACAUUUUAUGGGGACAGAAUGGUUCUGGUGAACAUCCAGUGAGACACAACAACUUCACUCCGGGUGAGGCUGUAGGUCAGCUUUCAAUGGCAAUGUGUUUGCAGAACUUGGUAAAGAUCGGUGAGCAAUGGAUACAAGCCCAGCAGUAUAAGAACUGGAAUCUUCGUUGCUUGAAGUUACAACCCCUUUCACCUGUUCCCAGCGAUAUUGAGAUUUCCCGAGGACAGAGUCCAAAAGCUGUUGAUGUGCUUGCCAGGGAGAUAGGAUUGCUCACAGAAGAAAUUGAAAUCUAUGGCCAAACCAAAGCGAAAGUACGCCUGUCGCUGCUGGAAAGGUUGAAGGAUGAGCCAGAUGGAAAAUACGUGCUGGUUGCAGGGAUUACACCAACUCCUCUUGGUGAAGGGAAGAGCACUGUAACAAUAGGUUUGGUUCAAGCUCUCACAGCCCACCUGAAAGCAAAUUCCUUUGCCUGCCUGAGGCAGCCUUCUCAAGGACCUACAUUCGGUGUUAAAGGUGGAGCUGCAGGGGGUGGAUAUGCUCAAGUCAUACCAAUGGAAGAGUUCAACCUUCACUUAACUGGUGAUAUCCAUGCCAUUACUGCCGCGAAUAAUUUGCUCGCUGCUGCCAUAGAUGCUAGGAUUCUGCAUGAAAACACUCAGUCUGAUAAGGCAUUAUAUAAUAGAUUGGUUCCAUUAAUUCAUGGAGAGAGGAAAUUUUCAGCGAUUCAGCUUGCGCGCAUGAAAAGGUUGGGGAUAACCAAAGUCGAUCCUGACAAGUUAACAGCAGAUGAGAUUAACAGAUUUGUGCGACUUGACAUAGACCCAUCUACAAUAACAUGGCAGAGAGUGGUGGACACAAAUGAUAGAUUCCUUAGGAAAAUAACAAUUGGGCAAGCAAAUACAGAGAAGGGGUUUUCUCGUCAGACUCAGUUUGAUAUUGCUGUCGCAAGUGAAAUCAUGGCAAUCUUAGCACUGACCAGCGGCCUGUCUGAUAUGAAAGAGAGACUUGGAAAAAUCGUAGUUGCUAAUAGCAAAGCAGGGCAACCAGUGACAGCAGAAGAUUUGGGAAUAACUGGUGCUUUGUCAGUUUUGAUGAAGGAUGCAAUUAAACCGACAUUAAUGCAAACAUUAGAGGGUACUCCAGUUUUUGUGCAUGCUGGACCUUUUGCAAAUAUUGCUCAUGGUAAUUCUUCUGUUUUGGCAGACAAAAUUGCCCUUAAAUUGGUUGGCAAAGAAGGAUUUGUAGUAACUGAAGCUGGUUUUGGUGCUGAUAUUGGGAUGGAGAAAUUCUUCAACAUCAAAUGCAGAGCAUCUGGCUUGGUUCCCAGUGUGGUUGUGCUUGUUGCUACAGUGAGGGCUUUGAAGAUGCAUGGAGGUGGGCCAAAUGUAACCGCUGGUGCCCCUCUUAAGAAGGAAUAUACAGAAGAGAAUCUCAAGCUGGUAUCUGAUGGUUGCAGUAACUUACGGAAACAAAUUGAAAUUGCCGAGCAAUUUGGGGUUCCUGUUGUAGUGGCUCUAAAUGUUUUCAGAACGGACUCUCCUGCUGAGAUUGCUUUAGUUUGUGAAAUUGCCAAACAAUCUGGAGCGUUUGAUGCAGUGCCAUCCAGUCAUUGGUCAGAUGGGGGCAGAGGAGCUGUGGCAUUGGCUCAGGCCGUAAGACGAGCUUCUAAUCAGCCAAAUAGCUUCAGGUAUCUGUACGACUUAGAGCUUCCCAUUGUUGAAAAAAUAAGAAUCAUAGCACAGAAAAUCUAUGGAGCUCAGGAUAUAGAGCUGUCUCCGGCAGCACAAUCUCAAAUAGAUCGUUACAGUGAACAGGGAUUUGGAAAUUUGCCGAUUUGUAUGGCAAAAACUCACCUGUCCCUCUCCCACAUGCCUGAGAAGAAAGGUGUCCCCACUGGCUUCAUUCUGCCUAUUAGUGAUGUGAGGGCCAGUAUUGGAGCUGGAUUUAUAUAUCCACUGGUGGGAACAAUGAGCACUAUGCCAGGAUUGCCUACGAGACCCUGCUUCUAUGACAUUGAUCUGGACCCUGAAACAGAACAAGUCAAAGGGUUGUUUUGAAAAAAAAGGACAAGCAAAAGCACAUCAGACUUCUGAAAAUUGCAGCUUCCGUGUUUCCUGGACAAGCAUAAAUUUGAAGAAUGCCUACAAAAUAUCUGCAAAAACCAAAAGUAGAAAAAUAUGCUUGUUCCUGUAGCCUUUCUGUAACGAAAACCAAAGCAAGAACAAAAAUUGGUAUUAACUAAUUUAUUCUAAAGUAUAAUAUAAAGGAAUCUUUUGCAAGACAUGCAAUUGUUUACUCUAGCAGAUGUGGGGAGGGAGAAGUGUUAUGAAAAAGAAAGGAGUUAGAAAACAUUAGGAUUGGACACUAUGCUUUGAGAUGUGAAAUCAAAUUGUUACCCUCACCUGUGUCAGCUUGGAAAAUCAACAUUAAAACAGUAGUGAUGCUUCAUACAGUGUAAUGCAUUUAAUAGACUACAGUUCAGCUUCUUGCAUUUAGAAGCUGAAGCACCAAAUAAAAUUAGUGGAAAUGUCUGAGUGAUUGGUCGGUUUCCCCUUGGUCACUGCUGAGGAGCAUGGGUGGAGGAAACUAGGGCUUCAAAUGAGGAAUCUCAUUUCAAAAAACAGCCCAGGAAUAUAAUAAAUUAUGAAAAUAGGCACUGUUUCCCCCCACCCCACCCUGGAAUCUGAGGCCAAAAAGUAAAGUCCUCAUAACUUCAUUAGUCUUGUUCUCUGCUAAAUGAGUUUGGGCUUACUGCUUUGAGCUAUUGUGUAUGAUAGCCCUAGAUAUCCUAAAAGUCAACAAGCUUUCUUUCUUUCAAGCCUUUCUUUCUUUUCUUUCUUGGGGGGACUCUCAAACUUCAGGAGAAAUGUUUGGGGCUGCAGUAGAGGGGAAAAGGCAGAAAAGCUUCCUUGCAUGUAUGACAUCUAGCACAGAAUUGGAUACAAACAUUUAUUUUGACGUUAUAGUUGCCAACCACAACAUUUCCCUCCCAAAAAUUCAAAAUGAACACCUUUUUCUGAUUUGAUAUAAAGUUUUGAUUGAUAGACCUACUAGCCAUAUCCAUGUGUAAUACCAUAAUUUAGUGCUAUGUGCUCAAGGAGAAAGGAACCUGCCUAAAGCCCUGGGGUUGCAUACUCUUCUCUGCUUCUCCCACAUGAACUGGAGGACGAAUAAGCCAAAGUUCCAUUUCAUUGUAGCACAUUCCUGGUUUGUCAUUGGCCUGGCUCACAUGACAUGGUAAGCCAUGGUGGGUUGUCAACCUUGUUUGUUUCAGGGUGGCUUGUCAUGAUGUCCAAACCUGGCAUGGUUUAAUCAGUGUGCAUUGCUAACCACACAAGCCACCUUGAGAACCCAUGACUUGUUUUUGGGGUGUUCAGGGUAGCUUGGUUUGUUGUGGUGUCCUGACCUGACAGAUUGGCUUGAGAGUGGAUUGUUAGCAUAGGUUAUGGAGCCACUUGGCAGAAAAUCCAGCCACUCCUCAUGAUCUCACUAAUGCCACCAUACUCACUCACUACUCCAUCGUCAGUGCUUUCCACUCCUCCACCAAUACAGAAUUGACACUUGGAAAUGUGCUGGAUGUGUUCCUAGCUUUUGCUUUUUUGGUCCUUCUGAAUUUCAUUUUUAAAUUAACUAUUUUUGCGGUCCUUCACAAAUACGAACAUUCGCCUGUCCACUACAUAUUCGAUUGAAUGUGAAAUUCAUUCAAAUUUCCCCUCUACAAUUUGUGAAAAUUUCCAAGCAAUACAGACCAUGAAAGCAGGGCAUCAUGAUCACUGACCACAUCUAUACUUAUUGGGGUUUUCUCAUUAUAAUCUACAUGAUCUCAGCUAUGUAACCCAAUAAAAAGUUUAUUUGUACUGAA